AUGUUGACGAACGAGUCGGUUGUGACGCCAUUCCCAGACAUUGCACAAGGGGCAUCGUUGGUGCAAACCGUGGUGUUCGUCGGGAUAUUCGGCAUCUCUAGCCUGGUCGGAACCGUCGGCAACGCUGCUGUCAUCCUGGCCUUCUACCUCUACAAGAAGGUGCGCACCACUGAUAACGUCUUCAUCCUGAAAACCAGCUUCUGGGACCUGGUAACGUCUGCCGUCAUCAUUCCACUGACAAUCUCGUCCAUGGUCACCGGUCUGCCGAACUGCGGACAAUCCUGCUGUGCUUUCAAAGGCUUUCUGAGUCUGUUUAGCAUGACUCAAUCAUCGUUAUCUUGUGCCAUCACUGCCUUUAACCGUUAUGUGCACGUUGUGCUAUCCCUUGCCACAUACAUCCGCUGGUUUGGUCCUGUCAAGGCUGGGUGGUCGGGGCAUGAGUGA